AUGACGAAAUCUUGUCGCAACGGAAUUUGCGAAUGUCCAAGCAGAUUAAAUUACUACUCACAAGGAAUCCUAGCACAGGAAUUGUCGGCAGAUUCUAAUUCUAAUCAGACGUAUAUUGCGGCUUCGUACGUGAAAUUUGUGGAAGGUGCUGGAGCGCAAGUGGUCCCCAUUUUCGUAAACCGCAAUGAGUCUUACGUACGAGAUAUUUUCUCCAAAAUUAAUGGCGUCCUUUUUCCUGGGGGUGGGGUAUACUUUUCCCCAACGAACGGAACUGGGGGCUAUGUCGACACGGGGCGUCUUUUGUACAAGUUGGCGAAAGAGGCGAACGACGCGGGGGAUUAUUUUCCCGUUUGGGGGACCUGUCUCGGCUUUGAGUUGAUGAUGUAUCUCGACGCGGACGGUGGCGUCGACCCACGAGCGACCUGUGGCGCGUGGAAUGUCGUGGAAAAACUGAAAUUUACGAAAGAAACGAUGACCUCCAACCUAUUUUCCUCUGCGCCAAAGGCGAUCGUAAACUCGUUAUCGUCGCUCCCACUGACAGCCAACUUUCACCGAUUGUGCCUCACGCCCGAGAACUUUACGACGUUCGGGUUGUCCAAGUCGUACUCGGCGUUAAGCAUCAAUUACGACUCGACCUCGAAUUUGACCUACAUUUCGACCGUGGCCCAUCGUCACUACCCAUUUUACGCGGUGCAGUUCCACCCAGAGAAAAAUAUUUAUGAGUGGACGACAAAAGAAAAAUUGCCCCAUUCCGCCAAAGCGAUCGCGGUGGGACAAUAUUUCGCCAAUUUUUUCAUCGCCCAAGCGAGACGAAACACGCACAAAUUCGCCACGGUAGAGGAAGAGAAUAAAUAUCUGAUUUACAAUUAUUCCCCCCAAUUCGUGGGGGCGGAUGGGUCCACGUUUAUACAAAAAUAUUUCUUCUAAAUGCAUGAAUUUGGACACAUUUUUCAGAAAAAUUAGGAAAAAUUGGUAUAUUUUCGACAAACUUGGUAUCAUUUACAAACAGAAAAAUAUUGUAAACAAAAUGAGAACGAAUAAAUAAAAUUGGGCAGUACGA